UUAACAAAGUACACACAGUUGUCCAAGCCGGGCCCACUCACGGACAGAGCAGACAAGAACACCGGGGCAGGAGCCGAAGACGCACGGACGUUCCUGUCAUUUAUCUGUCCUGAUUCUGGACAAAGGCGCUCUUAUCUUCACGUCCACCUGCGUGGAGUCACCGCAGCUGCGCGCCCACUUGUGGGUGUGACAAACAUUUUGUGAUCGCGGCGUGCCGGUUCUCAGAUGGAUACGAAAUGACUUGCUGAUACUAGGUGGACACAAACCGAGAGACGCGCGCACUCAGCGGGACAUCCACGGCACACCCGUGGAUUUAAGAUGUUUGGCAGAUGUAGUGCGAAGGGGCGCAGUUAGAGACUUUUGUGUCUGUGAGCUCCAAAUGAAUUUGCUCCUCCUGGCACGGGUGAAGAAAGAAGAAGAAGAAGAAGAAGCCGAGUGUGGAGUCAGUGUGUGUAAGGGCUUUGCGCCCCACGUUGCCACCAACAUGUUCAGCUGCGUGGGAUGCUUCUGGGUGCUCCUCUCCUCCGCCCUGGUCGCCGUGUGCAGUUUCAGUUUCAUCUCUCCAGCGUGGAUUGUGAAGGAACAGAUGAGGAGCAAUAACCAACAUCAUCAUUAUCAUCACAAGGACUCUGUGAGUUUUGGUUUGCUGUGGCAUUGCUCCGAGUCUCUCGACCACAUGUACCGCUGCUACACCUUUGGAGGGAUGGGCAGAUUUGCUGAGAUCCCGUCCAGCUCGUGGCAGACCAGCGCAGUGCUUUGCUCGGGAGGGUGCGCUCUGUUGGCUGCCAGCUCUCUGUUGGCCAUCAUCACAGUCUUCCUGCCCAGUGGAGGAUGUGAGAGGAGGAUCUGCACCCUUGCUGGAUACAUGCAGAUGGCAGCAGUGUUUAUCAUGGCUGCAGGACUGCUGGUCUAUCCAUUUGGCCUCAACUCUUCACUCGUCAGGUCCUUUUGUGGAAACUCGGAUGUCUACAAUGCCGGCGAGUGCCAAAUUGGAUGGGGCUACAUGUUAGCCAUCGUCGGAGUUAUGCUCACCAUCUUUUUGCCCUUUUUUGCCAAAUAUGCACCAAAGGAGCAAUUAUCUCCCACCCCGUUGCCCGCGCUAUUAUAGUUUUUGUAAUUUUUGCUUUUUUGUGAGCCCUACUCAACAUAAAGACUCCUGCAUUUUCAAAGAUGCUGCUCAGAAACGUUGUUUCGGAAGCCUGGAUUCAAUGCUACAUGUAGUCUUACAUGCUAAAUGUAAAAUUACUCCAGUUUCAUUCCCCCCCAUCAUGUCAACAGUUUAUUGCAGCUGUUUUCAUAUGGUUGUUGUCUACAGUUGAUUUGUUUAUUGAAGCAUUUUACCACCCUUUUUGUGGGUAAAAAGUCACUUGUGAGAAGCUGAACUAUUGAAAAGAACUUCACACACAACAUGACGUGGAUUGUUUUUUUUUAACUCAAGGAAUUAAUUAUUCAAACAUUCUGAGUAAAAUUACACAAGAGCACCCCCUUUUUUAACUCAAGGAUCUUUACCUGGGGGAAUUCAAUUGUACAUAUGAAAUAGUUUGAACUCUGACCUGAUGAAGGUUCAAUAAGCGCCUCUCUGGGAUGGUACUUUUUGUAACUAUCAUUUUAAGAAAAAAGAGUCAAGAUGGUAAUUUUGGUGUAUUUUCUUCAAAGGACAUGUACUGUAACAAUAAUUAGUGGUUUCUCAGUGAUGUUCAAAUUGUCAACCUUUUCCCUGAAUUUACAUAGUAUUUGUGUAUGUACGUAACUUGCUUGUUAAAUGUAAGCAAUCUUUUGCAGUCUACAGCAGGGGUGUACUCAUCUUUGUCAAGGGCCAUAUUAUGGGGUUAUGGGUUUCUUAUGAGGGCCGUUAUGUCAACCAACCCAGAUAAAUAUUUUACUCAUUGGUUGCCAUUGACGACACUAGACGUCAGGUGGCAAGUAAACUAGGACUGAACUAUUCUGAUGUUCUCUUUUAUGUUUAUUUUAAAUUUGUUUUAUUUAUUUUAAUGAAAUGAUAUACCUAAAUAUUAUGUUUAAAUCAAUUCAUUCGUUUCAUAAAAAAAUACAAUAUUUAAUUAAAAAAUGUGAAAAACUUUUUUUUUUUUUUUUUUAAUUAAAAAAAAAAAAAAAAAACAAUGGUAGGGGCACGGGGUUAAAUAUGCUCCUAAAAUAUUAACUUGAUGCACAUGAUUACUUUCGCAGGACACACAAAAUGCUUUUAUGGGCUGGAACUAACCCCCAUAGGCCAUCAGUUUGACACUUGUGGUCUACAGCAAACACAACUUAAUUCAGGACGGGGACAAUGGCAAAAGGCAGGAAGAUUUUAGGAUUUCAAAACAAAAGCAUGAGAAGAAAGACUUUGUGAAUGGUAGAAUAACUGGUAUUGAUUAUAAUGUGAUGUGACCGACUUGUGCCUUUUUAAUAUUACAAGAUAAUUAUCAGGUUGUUGUCUCCACCGUAUCGUCAUUCCAGUUAGGGGAAAAAAGGUGUUUUUUUUCUUUUUCUUUUUUUCAAUAUACUUAAUGCAGUAUGAUUACAUUAACAGAAAAAUAUCCAGAGGACAAAAAUGGGUUUAUCUAUGAGAAGGGACAAAAACGAAUUUCAUUUAUGGAGAGAGACGUAAUUGGCAUAAUUACCAUAUAUUGAAGAGAACGUUCUCCUUAAUUACUGCUGCUAAUGUUUGUGACAUAACAGCUAAUCUUUUUCCCUGGCACCCUGUAACCAGGCAAGUGUAGUCAUCAAAACAUACUUAUCCAAGCACAUUGUUUUGGUGUAACAUAAAGGUGGAAUGAGACUGCUCAAUAUACGGGUGCCAUAUUUUGGAAGAGCCUGUAAUUUAUUAUUAUUUUUUUUAUUUACACCUCAUACUGGAGGACUGACUGGUUAUUGCAAUGGUGUUUUGCCCCUUUUUGUUAACAACUGUUUUGAGAGUCUCAGCACUGGUGAAAUUGUUUGUAGUGGAUUAUACUAUUUUUUUCCUUUCAUUGUGGCUGUAAAUAAAUUAGUGUACAGUACUUGGUAUCUUGUCAGUCUAAACUGCCUGUUUAUGAAGUUGUAUUUUGAGAAAUUACCUCGUCGUGUUUGCUUUAAUCUGUUAACAUUCUUUGCUG